UCUCUCUCUCUCUAUAUAUAUAGAAACAUAUAUUUAUUGUGUAAACGCAUCAGUUAAUAUCAGUACCAGAUAGCUUUAACAACAUUAGAUUCAUUAAACAGGAGAGUUGCUAGUUAAUUAUUGUAUUAACACUGCCUUAAGCAAAUCCGCCAAAUCCAGUGGCAUCUUCUCCAACUCCAUUUCCAAGGAGGGUUCGGGGUUCCCUUCGACAUCAGAACAUCAGCCAGGUCGGUUUUACUGCAUCAUGAGUGAGCAUUGUAGAAGGAAACUGAAGAAUCAAGUGACACCUGGUACAGUUUGAUUAGUUUGUUUUCUAUGCUGUCCGUUAUAGUUCAAAAUAUGGGUUUACUCUGCAGCAAAAACCGUCGUUACAAUAAUGCUGAUACUGAAGAGAAUGCGCAGACUACAGAAAUUGAAAGGCGAAUUGAACAAGAGACAAAGGCUGAAAAACACAUUCAGAAACUUCUACUACUUGGUGCUGGAGAGUCUGGAAAGUCCACAAUAUUUAAGCAGAUAAAAUUUUUGUUCCAAACUGGCUUUGAUGAGGCUGAGCUGAAGAGCUAUAUCUCAGUCAUUCACGCCAAUGUGUAUCAGACUAUAAAAUUAUUGUAUGACGGGUCAAAGGAAUUCGCUCUAAGUGAAUCAGAUUCCUCAAAAUAUUCUAUAUCCAAAGAAAAUGAGGAAAUCGGAGAGAAAUUAUCAGAAGUGGGAGGUAGGUUGGAUUAUCCACAUCUCACUAAAGAGCUUGCUCAGGAAAUUGAAGCUAUAUGGAGCGAUACUGCAAUUCAGGAAACUUAUGCUCGUGGUAGUGAACUACAAGUUCCAGAUUGUGCCAAUUACUUUAUGGAAAAUUUGCAAAGAUUGUCAGAAGCAAAUUAUGUUCCUACAAAGGACGAUGUUCUCUAUGCAAGGGUUCGUACAACCGGCGUUGUAGAGAUCCAGUUCAGCCCAGUGGGAGAGAAUAAGAAGAGUGGUGAGGUGUAUAGACUAUUUGAUGUUGGAGGCCAAAGAAAUGAGAGAAGAAAAUGGAUCCAUCUAUUUGAAGGAGUUUCAGCUGUAAUAUUUUGUGUUGCUAUCAGCGAAUAUGAUCAAACUUUGUUUGAGGAUGAAAACAAGAACAGACUGAUGGAGACGAAAGAACUCUUUGAUUGGGUUCUCAAGCAACCAUGUUUCGAGAAAACAUCUUUCAUGCUGUUUCUGAACAAGUUUGAUGUAUUUGAAAAGAAGGUUCUAAAAGUGCCGCUAAAUGUUUGUGAAUGGUUCAAAGAUUACCAGCCAGUUUCAACAGGAAAGCAAGAGAUUGAGCAUGCGUACGAGUUUGUCAAGAAGAAAUUCGAAGAGUUAUAUUAUCAGAGCACUACGCCUGAUCAUGUGGACAGGGUCUUUAAGAUCUAUAGAACCACUGCACUUGACCCAAAACUUGUGAAGAAGACGUUCAAGCUCGUGGAUGAGACUUUACGACGGAGAAAUCUGUUCGAGGCUGGCUUACUGUGACUGCUUCUGGUAACAAUAACAAUGUUCAUAAUUUGAAGAACUUGAUCAGUUUUUGCGCAUUAGAGCUGGAACUGAGUGCCCAUCUGUUGACUGCUGCUAGCACACCACAUAUUCACAAUCUUUAAAUUUUGGAUUUCCAUUUGUUUUUAGUCAUGAUUGGAAGAAAUUGAUUCUUUCCCCCACCCCUUGAUUUUUGUUGACUGAUUAUUUGUGUGCUGGGAAAAUCCAGUGGUUAUUGUGUUUUCCUUUCAGUGUGGGGAACAGACCAAUUAAACCUGUAAAAGUAAGCUUAUAUUCUUUCUAUCUAUCCAUUACA